AUGAAGCGCAGAUCGAACAUUGGAGAAGGGGACAACACAUUGGAUGUAUUUAAUUUUACUGUUAAAGCUGCAAAGGAUGAUAAUGAAAGCCAGUCGCAAAGUUGCGACGAAUCUACCGAUAAGUGCAUCGAAGCAUCAAACGAAAAGGCAAAAUCGCUGGAUAAUUUCAAGCCUCAUCGUACCUCUGUUCAUAUUAACUCAAGAGACCAGACUAUGCCGGAAUUCUUAGACGAAUCAAAUGUGCCUGAUGAAGAUAAUUCUUCACGGAAGUCUAAGUUAAUCCCUAAAGGCCGUAAACGCUAUCAUUCUGGUAAUGACGAAUCUCCCAACAGUCAGGUGAAAAGGCAGAAGAGUCUGCUUAGUACGAAAGAGUCCGGAUUUUCGGAAUCGACAAGCGAUAUUUCUUCACGAUCUUGUGGUCGUACUAAAGUGACAAAUUCAGAAGAAAAGAAAAGACGAGGCAGACCACCAAAAUCAAAGUCGUCUGAUUCCCCUAAAGUCGAAGAGCAGACGGCAAAGCCUCAAUCCAAUCCCCUAAAGGUUCAUUCGGAAUGUUCCGAGGCUUCAUCACAUGUUGCAAUUCCAUUUGAACAGAAGAUUUGGACAGAUCAGUAUCCACCCUCCGACUUUACGGAAAUGGUUUUGAAUUCAUCGGAUUUACCAUCUCUACUUUCCUGGAUGAAAAUGUGGGAAGCUAGAUCUAAUUCAUUUUGUGAUAAAAUAUCGCCAUCCGGUAAAAAAGGCCACUCUAACGAUUAUUCAUUCAGUGAGGAUAGCUGUGACUCCUCGGCAUCGGAUACUUUGUCUUCUUGGCGUCGAUCAGCUUUCCUCAUUUUGGGACCAACUGGCUGUGGAAAAACUUGUUUGGUCUACACUCUUGCCUCCCAGUUUGGAUUUAAAGUAGUUUUUGAGCUGAACCCUUCGAAUUGUCGAUCGGGAAAAGAAGUUACAGCACAAUGUUCUAGAGUCAUGAUUUCUCAACAUGUUUCUACGGAAGGACUCUCAGCUUCGUCCACAAUGAACAGUUUGUCCAAACCUAUUGUUAAUCGAUCUCGGCGUUCACAAAAGUCAAGCUUGUCUACAUUCUUUCAACCCCGAAAGCGGGAACCAGCUUCGAAGUCUACUGCGUCAUCAACAAUUGAGAUGAUCGAAUCUCCUGGAACGAGUGGAGAAGGACUCAAGCUUAACAACAAAUCCCUAAUUCUUUUCGAUGAAGUCGAUGUGCGCUUUGAUUCAGACAAGGGAUUUUGGGGAGCAGUUGGUAAACUCCUUCAAAUGGGCCGUAGACCAAUCAUUUUCACAGCUUCUGAUCCCACUGUUAUUCGUGAAAUCCCAGUCCCUUUUCAAACCUGUCGAUUAAAGCCUCUUCAGGCAUCAACUCUAGUAAAACCAAUUCUUCAGCGGAUCUGUGAUUCCCGGGAGAUUCAGUUGAAUAAUUCGUUAAUGGAAAGUUUAACUAAAUUUGAUCCCGGAAUUCGUAACUGUGAUAUGCCGAUUCGAAUCUCAACUACAGCCAGGCAACUUUUCUCCAGUCGAGAAUUUUCCGACAUUCGCCGGUUGAUUGUCCGUCUACAGUGGCUUUUUGGCUCGAAAUCUCAAGUGUCAGACCUGAAUGGAAACAUCGAUUUUUGUAGAAAAGACCUCCUGACUGAAUGCGGCGCUGUCCUUUCACGCCUAUUCAGUCUCUCUUGGGGUUUCAAAUCUUAUGGGAUAACUGUCAAAAGUGUUGAGAAACCGAAAAUUGAUGACUUCGGGGAAAUCUUUGACUCCGAUAAUGAGGCAGACAAGACACUUGCUGUAGAGAAAGUGGAAAACUUAAACCAGGUGGAUGUUUCAUGGACCCAGAGCAAGGAAAUUUCAUCGGAUGUGUUGUCUACGCUCUCACGAUACUCGGAGAUGCGGGGUCUUUUAGAUAUCUGCUCUGCACAAAGCAGUCGUAAUGAAAUAACACGUGGUAUCAACGCUUUGCCUACAAGUAUUAUUACCUCUUCGUCUUCAAUAAAUCUCUUAACUGCAUUUGGAGAUGCCUGUUCAGCACCGCUCUCUGGAAUUGAUCCAGAAGGCGCUGUUGGCUCAUUCGCUGGUGAAGAAGAUUGGGAUCAUCUCUUGCGUUGUAUGACCAUGAAACGCUUGGAAGGUAUUCAGGAAGAAUUGAUUUCUGCGCCUGCAGUUGCACAGUCAGAAACCGUAGAGAGGGUUGGAAGUUACAUUAACGAGUCUGCACAUGAAACGGAUUUAUUAUCUUUAGCAGCUGACAAAGCAGCCGCCACCUUGCCGAUUUUGAAGGCAUUCAGUGUGGAAAAGAAUUCAGGCGAAAGCCUAUUCCAGGAAGAGUUUGCCCUCGAUUAUCUUCCAGCCUUAAGAGACAUCAGCAAGACGGAAAUGGAACGUCAGUGCUUGUCUACCAGACGGAGGUUCUUUCACUACUUUGAUCAAAUCGGUUUGCGCCUUCCAGAGAAUGUUCGAAAAUAUUUAUCCCUUUGA